ACCCUCAAAUUGCUUAUGGCAAUUAAUGUGGGUUUACUUUUAUCGAUCUUCUUAGUUAUAGAAUUUGCUAUAACUAAGAAGAAUCGUGUCAUGAUACUUGGGUGGAUAUCUACUUCUGUGUCUAUCGGCGUGUUUGCGGCACCUCUCAGUGUCAUGGUCCAGGUCAUUCGAACUCGAAGUGUCACAUCCAUGCCACUUGCACUUUCAGUUUGUCUGAUAGUGAGCGCCGGUGUAUGGUUUUGCUACGGCGUUUUUGUAGGAGAUAUGAAUAUCUACCUCCCCAAUGUGAUCGGACUCACACUGGGGGCUAUUCAGGUUCUCUUAUACUGCUACUAUUCCUGUGCCGGUAGGGAAACCGACAUUGAGAGAGCGGUUGUCCAGGAGAAUUUGAGAGAAGGCGGCGAUAAUUUAGUAGGUGGAGAUGCUCCGGUCAUUGAAUUGGUGGAAGUAGGUGGCCGACUCGUAGAGGUAGCGGAGGGAGGUGGAAGGGAGGUGGGGUCGGUGACAGCUGGUGGGGAAGAGGGAGAGAGAGGGGAGGUGACCGAGGGAGGCGGAGGUGAGGUUUCUGAGGACACAGAGGAGCGCGGCGUGGAGGAUCAAGGAGAAUUAGGUGGAGAUGCUCCAGCCAUUGAGUUGGUGGAAGUAGGUGGCCGACUCGUAGAGGUUGCGGAGGGAGGUGGAAGGGAGGUGGGGUCGGUGACAGCUGGUGGGGAAGAGGGAGAGAGAGGGGAGGUUGCCGAGGGUGGAGCAGACAGAGGGCCAGUGGCUGGGGAAGAGGAAGAGAGAGAGGAGGUGGCUGAGGGAGGCGGAGGUGAGGUUUCUGAGGACAUAGAAGAGCGCGGCGUGGAGGAUCGAGGGUAAUGAAGCAGGGAAUUUUGUUAUUUUGGAUGGAGACUCAUGGUUGUUAAUGAGUGCUUUUGGUCUGUAGCAUAAUCUUAAAAGCAGGCUGUUGUGCAAUCCAUGUUCGGUAGUGCUAGGGAUGCAGAAGUGGCUUGGUAGCUAUUAACUAGACACCAGAAACAUUGCCCUUGAGAAACUUAGUGGGUAUUGAAUGUAAAUGAUCAACAAGCCACAUGAAGUAAGGAAGAACAAGUGUUACUUGCAGAACAAUCUAUCAAGGGUCAUGACAGUUUGAAGUAGAUUAGUCUUAACUUAGCUAUUAGAUUGUGUGUGUUAGUUUGUUGUAACUACAUAGAGUUAGUUAUCCAUGUGGCAUUGCCAGCUAAGCAGAAGCUUCUAGUAUUAGGAAGUUAGUUACAAUCUCAGCUUGUGUAUAUAAGCUACUUUGUACUCUUUAUCUCAUUUCAUCAAGAAUCAAUCAAUACAAUCUUAGUUUCCAAAA